AUGUUGAAAGCGGCAACUUCCAAAGCAAAAUUUUCUCGUGCUUACCCUCCUCCACCACCCCCACCACCAGGAGGAGCUGUUCCACCCCCACCAGGGGCAUCUGCUCCAAAAUGUGAAGCUCCUGCUUCUUUAGACACGAACAUUAUGUCUGUUGAGUUGGGGUUUUUGAACGAAGAAGUUCCAAUUCGCGUAGGUGAUCCAAUCACAUGCAAAUAUUGCCAAAGUAUAUUGUCUUACUUAGACACCGUCAAAGAUGGCGAGUGGACUUGUCAUUUCUGUAGCACCAAAAAUACGGUCAGUGGUAUACUUCCCGAAGAAAUACCCGAUGCACCCAUUUUGGAUUAUGUCUUAGAGGCUCCAAUUACUAAAACGGACUCUGAAAAAACAGAGGACAAUGGCACUAUAGUGUAUUGUAUUGACACUUCCGGCUCAAUGAGUAUUAAUGUUGACUUAACGAAUAAUGGAGUGCAACUGACUCGACUUGACGUCGUCAAAAACGCGAUGUGUCAACAGCUGAAGAAUUUGAAAGAAAAAAGUCCAAAUCAAAAGAUCUGUGUAGUCCAAUUUUCAAAAGACGUCAAAAUCCUUGGGGAUUGCACACACAAUGCAAUUAUUGUGAAGUCCAAUUUGCUCUCUGAUUAUGACGGCUUAGUCGAUUUGGCCAAAGAGAAAGUGACAUUAAGUCCACUGAGCACAACUUUAAACGCAAUAUUAAAGAAAGUAAAAGACUUAGAAGAACAAGGUUCCACUGCUUUAGGUCCCGCGCUGUUAAUAUCAACUAUCAUAGCUGGUAAAGAGAAGAAUGGCAAAGUUAUUCUCUGCACUGAUGGAACCGCGAACAAUGGAUUAGGUAACUUAGAAGAGGACCCCGACGUUAAUAAAGCCUUUUAUGAGAAAAUAGGACAAGUCGCGAAGAGCAGUGGGGUGAUCAUUAAUAUCAAUACAUUGAAAGGAUGCGACGCAAACCUCAAACGGAUCUCUCCGUGUACUGUAGAGUGUGGUGGAAGUGUUCUUGUAGUUGAUCCAAAACAAGUCGCAGAUGCCUUUAAUGAUGCUUUGGGGACUAAUGUCAUAGCAACGGAUGUCGAGAUUGGUAUCUACUUACACCCCGCGGUAUAUAUCAAUGACUCCAUCCAAUCGGAACAACCAAGUCGAAGACAAGUCUCCAUCGGAAACGUGAAUGACGACACAACAUAUCAGUUCAAAUAUUCAAUGAGAAGCGAAGAAGAGACUAAAGCCUUUGGCGAGAUGAAGAAUUUCCCCGUCCAAGUGCAGAUCAAAUACACCAAAUUGAAUGGGUUCAAGGGAAUUCGAGUCAUCUCAAAAACAGUCGAAAUCGCAGAAGAGAAGGAAGAAGUCAAAGUCGUCGACGGAGAUGUCUUACAGACUUACUACAUCCAACAAACGGCAAUCCACAAAAGAAGAAACUCAAUUGAAAACGCUCGACAAAACAUGAGUAUGUUUAGAAUGGCUCAGGAGGCUUCCGCUCAACCAAUGCAAGAGGUUUAUAAAGACUAUGCUGACGACAUGGAAGAAGCUAUGGACGCAAGUUUGUCAAGUGAUGAAGACGCAGAGGUUUACGCUAAUGCGACGACCUGGAACGCAAAAAAAGCAAAGAAGUACAGCACUUUCUCUUCUAAAUAA